AUGAUUCAAAGGGAUGCAGUGAGUGCGGAAUGGCCACCACUGCAAUUUCGUAUUUAUGCAUCCGUAAAUUCUCGUGCUAAAGAGAAUUAUGGAAAAAUCGUUCAUCAAAUAGCAUUUUUGGAUAUCGAUGAAGUCAUGGAGAGAGAAGUACAUGUAGACCUCCCAGAACAUACGCGUAACAAUGGCUCGUUAUAUUUGCAUUGCUUUUUGCUACCUGCGGAACAUAAACAUCAGGAUCCUUACCAGGCGUCUUGGCAAAUAAUACAAACAGUUCGUAUAACAACAUACCAAAUUCCUCAGGCAGAAACAUUUCGAUUGAUUACAGAAGCUGAAGAGAAGCGGAAGAAGAAUAAAGAAGCCAGUAGAUCUGUAGAUCAGUUGCGUGAAAAAGGAACACCGGUCACACAUUUCCGCAGCAGACUACCAUUGACAGUUGUUGGUGAAUCACCUAAAUUUGAUUUAUAUGCUCUUCCUGGUGAAAUCUAUCAGCACAUGCAGUUUUUCCACAAAGAAGGCCAAACAUAUUAUUGGCCAAUAUUUUAUAUCGAUGAAUUGAGUUUUCUUACCAAAGAUCUAGUACAGAUAGAACCGGAACAGAAAAGCGUUAUGAUGAAGAUUCAGUACCGACCGAUAUCUAUUGGUAAAUUGCGCUUAUUGAUUACUGCUCAAGCGUCUCUUGCUCAGUUGAAGCGAAUGGGCUUUAGCGAUAAGGAUGUUGAUGAGGUGAAAGGAAUAUUUGUGGACACGAAUUUUUACUUUUUGGCGAUUACAAUGUUUGUUGCUGCUUUACAUAUGUUGUUCGAUGUUCUCGCAUUCAAAAAUGACAUAGCGUUUUGGCGAAAUCGAAAAAGCAUGGCUGGUCUGUCAACAAGAACUGUAUUAUGGCGUUCAUUCAGUCAAUCAGUGAUAUUUAUAUAUCUUCUUGACGAAGAGACGAGUCUUUUGGUAACAAUUCCCACAGCAAUUGGCUGCAUUAUUGAAUACUGGAAAGUAGCCAAAUCUGCCAAAAUUUCAAUUAUUUGGUCAAAAGGCAUACCACAUUUUCGAUUUGGCACUUCCACCGCAGCAGAAAUAGAAACAGAAUCAUUUGAUUCAGAAGCAAUGAAAUAUCUCACUUUCUUACUUAUACCGCUUUGUAUAGGUGGCGCUAUUUAUAGCUUGGCAUACAUUCCACAUAAAUCAUGGUAUAGUUGGAUAAUUCAAUGCAUGGCUAACGGUGUAUAUGCAUUCGGAUUUCUAUUUAUGCUACCGCAGUUAUUUGUUAAUUAUCGUAUGAAAUCAGUUGCUCAUCUCCCAUGGAGAACCUUUAUGUAUAAGGCAUUUAAUACAUUCAUAGACGAUGUGUUUGCAUUUAUUAUCACAAUGCCGGCAUCCCAUCGCGUCGCUUGUUUCCGGGAUGAUGUAGUUUUUGUUAUUUACCUCUAUCAGCGUUACCUUUACCCGGUUGACAAAUCACGCACCAACGAAUUUGGUGAGAGUUUCCAGGAUGCUGAGAUUCCGAAUGUUCAAAGAGCCCAAUCUCCUUCAGUAUUAUUACCAUCUCCACAAUCUGAAUUGAAAGCAAGAAAGAAAACUGACUGA